GCUGCUCCCCCUCAUUCCCUCUUGUCUUCAACCUCCAUGGCUCCUCUCCUCCCCUUCCUGCUCCUCCUUAUGUUCCACUCUACCUUUUCCCAGCCUUCUCCCGGAUACUAUCCGAGUUCCAAGUUCAGGCCUAUAAGCUUCUAUCAAGGUUUCAACAACCUUUGGGGCCCUCAGCAUCAGUCAGUCUCCCAAGACCAAUCCUCCUUAACAAUUUGGCUCGACAGCAGCUCAGGAAGUGGAUUCAAGUCGAUCCGCCCAUUUCGAAAUGGAUACUUUGGUGCAUCAGUCAGGCUUCAAACUGGCUACACUGCUGGUGUGAUCACAGCGUUUUAUCUUUCGAACAAUGAAGCGCACCCUGGAUUCCACGACGAGGUGGACAUCGAGUUCUUGGGGACGACGCCAGGGAAGCCAUACACACUGCAGACUAAUGUGUAUGUGAGGGGGAGUGGAGAUGGGACGAUCAUUGGUAGAGAGAUGAGGUUCCACCUAUGGUUCGACCCCACUGCCGACUUUCAUCACUAUGCUAUACUGUGGAACCCUGAUGAGAUCAUAUUCUUUGUAGAUGAUGUGCCGAUAAGGAGGUAUGUGAGGAAGGAUGAAGCAACAUAUCCGGUGAGGCCAAUGUGGUUGUAUGGCUCAAUUUGGGACGCAUCGUCGUGGGCUACCGAAGACGGCAAAUACAAGGCCGACUACCACUAUCAGCCAUUCGUUGCGAGGUUCGCCAAAUUCAUGAUCGGAGGGUGCUCGGCCUACGCGCCAUCGGAUUGCCGCCCGGUCGCUGCAUCACCAUCUGGCUUUGGGCUCAGCUCUCAGCAGAAUGCUGCAAUGACAUGGGCACAGAGCAAUUAUAUGGUCUACUACUACUGCCAGGAUUCCAGGAGGGAUCAUUCCCUCACGCCUGAGUGCUUCAAUUGAUCCAUCUUACUGUCACUUGGUCUGCUCUAGACUCUUUUGGUGUCUCUGCUUUUGUGAGGGCUGCCCUACUACUAAAUGAUUCAGUAGUUGAGGCGUUUGGGGUAUUAAAAUUUUAUCAAUCAUUUAUGUGUGGGUGUUGGUAUUGUAUUUGAAACUAAACAAAUAAUGUUGGUUUGGUCUAUGCUGCAAUUUGGGUAAUAAAAAUUAGUGAAUGAAAAUUUCAGCAGUUUGCAGCAGCAGCAGCAGCAGUUUAAGCCA